UAUGGAUAUUGCCAUACAGCACCCUUGGUUCAGACGUGCCCUGGGCUCCGUCUACCCGGCUCGCCUCUUUGACCAGUUCUUUGGAGAGGGAAUGUUUGACUACGAUUUCUUUCCCUACACCACCUCCACCAUCAGCCCCUACUACAGACAGUCGCUGUUCCGCAGCUUUCUGGAUUCUUCCAACUCCGGCACCUCAGAGGUGAGGUCUGACAGAGACAAGUUUACAGUCCACCUGGACGUCAAGCAUUUCUCUCCUGAUGAGCUCAGCGUGAAGAUCACUGGCGACAACGUGGAGAUCCAGGGCAAGCAUGCUGAAAGACAGGAUGACCACGGUUACAUCGCUCGUCAGUUUCAUCGCCGCUACCGCAUCCCCUCCAGCGUUGACCAAUCAGCAAUCACCUGCACCCUGUCAACUGAUGGUCUGCUGACUCUGACAGGGCCAAAGGUCACCGGAGGGAGUGACUUUGGCCGCAGCGAGCACAGCAUCCCUGUUUCUCGUGAUGACAAACCCAACGCUGUUGGGUCAUCUUAG